GUGUCCCCCCCAAAAUCCAGCGCCCUCUCCGGGCCAUGCUCUUCGCCGUCCCGUCCGUGCUCUUCCUCCUCGCCUUCCUCAUCCUCACCCUCACCCACCCUCGGCCCCGCGGCGACGCCAGCGCCGGAUCCUGCGGGAACUCCUGCAGGAUCGUGCUGGUGGAGAGCAUCCCGGAGGGAAUGAACCUCAGUGGCCCCACCAACCCUUCCACCUUCGAGGCCUGGCUGCAGCUGCUGCGCUCGGCCAGGCGCAGCGUGGACAUCGCCUCCUUCUACUGGACGCUGACCAACGCGGACACGCGGACGCACGAGCCCAGCGCCGCGCAGGGCGAGCGCAUCCUGUCCGAGCUGCUGCGGCUGGCGCGGCGCGGCGUGGCCGUACGCGUGGCG